GGUCAAAAUCCCAUCUCUAAGAAUUCACACAGCAUGGUUUUGUCGGGUGGAAAAUCCCUCUCUUUUGCAUCUUCUGUCACUUUCCGUGUUUUUUCCACAGCAAGCAAACUGAAACAAGGAAAAAAGCCCACUCAACCGCUAACAGUUGAUUUUUAAAAACAACAGCAAAACGUUGGAGUAAAAACUUAAGGGAACAACCGAUUAUCAAGAAAGGUGGGGGGUUAAACAGAGAGAGAGAGAGAAGAGAGAGAGAGAGAGAGAAAAAAAAACAAUGAGUUGAAAAGCCAGAUAAAGAGUGGGAAGAUAAUAAAGAAGAGAGUUUUAGGGGGGGGGGGGGGGUUGGGUGUGUGUUUUGUUCAUAAAGCUAAGGAAUUUGCAAAUGUCACUAGAGUCUGAGGAGAUAAAGACGAUUGAGCAGUGGAAGUGGUCCGAAAUGCAAGGCCUUGAACUUGUGCCUCCUCCUCCUUCUGACCCUUUAAAAACCAACCCAUCAACCCCUUCUCCAACGAUAACAACAACAAGAAACACUCACUUAACAGAACAACCAAAAGAGAAACCUCAACAGCCAGGUCGAGCUGAAGCUGAAGCUUAUCAAGAAAGUGUAGGAGAGAGAAGAGAAAUGGAAAAUUCUUCUUCUCCUGCUUCUUCUUCAUCUGGGACAAAGAAGGAUGGGAGUAAUAAUGGUAGUGGUGGAAGCGGAGAGAAGCCAGGGGAUGUUCCUUCAGUUGGGUUUGGUGAACUAUUUAGAUUUGCUGAUGGGUUGGAUUGUGUGUUGAUGGGAAUUGGGUCUCUUGGUGCUCUUGUACAUGGCUGUUCUUUGCCUAUCUUCCUUCGUUUCUUUGCCGAUCUUGUCAAUUCUUUUGGUUCUAAUGCUAAUAACAUGGACAAGAUGAUGCAAGAAGUUUUGAAGUAUGCAUUUUACUUCCUCGUGGUGGGUGCUGCAAUUUGGGCAUCUUCAUGGGCAGAAAUAUCCUGUUGGAUGUGGACUGGGGAGAGGCAAACAACGAAGAUGAGGAUCAAGUACUUGGAAGCAGCUUUGAACCAGGACAUUCAAUACUUUGACACUGAGGUUAGAACUUCUGAUGUUGUGCUUGCCAUCAACACUGAUGCAGUUAUGGUCCAGGAUGCCAUUAGCGAGAAGUUGGGAAAUUUCAUUCACUACAUGGCAACAUUUGUGUCUGGUUUUGUGGUGGGUUUUACAGCAGUAUGGCAAUUGGCUUUGGUCACACUUGCAGUGGUUCCUCUCAUUGCUGUGAUUGGAGCAAUCCAUACCACCACAUUAGCCAAGCUCUCUGCAAAGAGCCAAGAAGCUUUAUCACAAGGAGGAAACAUUGUGGAACAGACAGUGGUUCAAAUUCGGGUUGUUUUGGCUUUUGUUGGUGAAUCAAGAGCAUUACAAGCCUACUCCUCAGCAUUGAGGGUUGCACAAAAGAUUGGUUAUAAGUCUGGCUUUGCAAAGGGAAUGGGAUUGGGGGCAACUUACUUUGUUGUUUUUUGCUGUUAUGCUCUUCUUCUUUGGUACGGUGGUUAUCUGGUUCGGCAUCACUACACCAAUGGAGGACUUGCCAUAGCCACUAUGUUUGCUGUUAUGAUUGGUGGAUUGGGUUUGGGGCAGUCUGCACCAAGCAUGUCUGCAUUUGCCAAGGCCAAAGUGGCAGCAGCUAAAAUUUUCCGUAUAAUUGAUCACAAACCCAGUAUCGAUAGAAACGGUGACUCAGGUUUGGAAUUGGAGUCAGUUACUGGUCUAGUUGAACUGAAAAAUGUGGAUUUUGCAUACCCUUCAAGGCCAGAUGUAAAGAUCCUUAACAAUUUCUCCCUAAGUGUUCCUGCUGGAAAAACCAUAGCUUUGGUGGGAAGCAGUGGUUCGGGUAAAAGCACUGUAGUCUCCCUCAUUGAGAGAUUCUACGAUCCCACCUCAGGAGAAGUGCUGCUAGAUGGGCAUGACAUAAAGACAUUAAAACUGAGAUGGUUGAGGCAACAAAUAGGACUUGUGAGCCAAGAGCCUGCUCUUUUUGCUACCACCAUUAAAGAAAACAUUCUUUUGGGUAGGCCUGAUGCAAACCAAAUUGAGAUUGAAGAGGCUGCCAGAGUGGCUAAUGCCCAUUCAUUCAUUGUAAAGCUGCCAGAUGGCUUCGACACUCAGGUUGGGGAGAGAGGAGUUCAACUCUCUGGAGGGCAGAAGCAGAGAAUUGCUAUAGCCAGGGCAAUGUUGAAGAACCCGGCAAUCCUACUCUUGGAUGAAGCAACUAGUGCGCUGGACUCUGAGUCAGAAAAGCUGGUGCAAGAGGCCCUUGAUCGUUUUAUGAUUGGGAGGACAACUCUUGUAAUUGCCCAUCGCCUUUCCACCAUUCGUAAGGCUGAUCUUGUAGCUGUACUACAGCAGGGGAGUGUUUCUGAAAUUGGAAUGCACGAUGAGUUGAUUGCCAAAGGAGAAAAUGGAGUCUAUGCCAAGCUCAUUCGAAUGCAAGAGAUGGCACAUGAAACUGCCCUUAACAAUGCUAGAAAAAGUAGUGCAAGGCCUUCUAGUGCCAGGAACUCAGUAAGCUCACCGAUUAUUGCCCGGAAUUCGUCAUAUGGCCGAUCACCAUAUUCACGCAGACUUUCUGACUUCUCCACUUCUGAUUUUUCCUUCGAGGCAUCACACCCUAAUUACCGAAUGGAAAAGCUUGCCUUCAAGGAGCAAGCUAGUUCCUUCUGGCGCCUUGCAAAAAUGAAUUCUCCUGAAUGGGUUUAUGCUUUAGUUGGUUCUAUAGGCUCUGUUGUCUGCGGGUCUCUUAGCGCUUUCUUUGCAUAUGUGCUAAGUGCUGUUCUCAGUGUCUACUACAACCCAGAUCAUGCUUACAUGAGUAGAGAAAUUGGGAAAUACUGCUAUUUGUUAAUUGGACUGUCAUCAGCUGCCCUUCUCUUCAACACGCUACAGCAUUUCUUCUGGGAUAUUGUGGGAGAAAAUCUCACAAAACGAGUGAGAGAGAAGAUGCUGGCAGCGGUUCUGAAAAAUGAAAUUGCAUGGUUUGAUCAGGAGGAAAAUGAGAGUGCUAGGAUUGCAGCGAGGCUGGCUCUUGAUGCCAACAAUGUCAGAUCAGCCAUAGGAGACCGGAUUUCAGUGAUUGUGCAGAACACAGCACUCAUGCUUGUUGCUUGCACUGCUGGCUUUGUUUUGCAGUGGCGCCUUGCCCUUGUCCUUGUUGCCGUCUUCCCUGUGGUUGUAGCAGCAACUGUUUUGCAGAAAAUGUUUAUGAAGGGUUUCUCAGGAGAUUUAGAAGCUGCUCAUGCCAAGGCCACACAACUAGCUGGAGAGGCCAUAGCCAAUGUAAGAACUGUUGCUGCCUUCAAUUCAGAGAACAAAAUUGUUGGUCUAUUCUCCUCAAACCUUGAAACUCCAUUGAGGCGCUGCUUCUGGAAGGGACAAAUUGCAGGAAGUGGAUUUGGGGUAGCUCAGUUUGCACUAUAUGCUUCUUAUGCCCUUGGUCUUUGGUAUGCUUCCUGGCUUGUGAAGCAUGGGAUCUCUGAUUUUUCAAAGACAAUCCGAGUGUUCAUGGUUCUUAUGGUCUCCGCCAAUGGUGCAGCUGAAACAUUGACCCUGGCUCCUGACUUCAUCAAGGGAGGUCGAGCCAUGAGGUCAGUCUUUGAUCUUCUUGACCGUAAAACUGAGAUUGAGCCUGAUGACCCAGAUGCCACACAAGUUCCGGACCGCCUUCGUGGAGAAGUUGAACUAAAGCAUGUAGACUUUUCUUACCCCUCACGCCCUGAUGUCCCAAUUUUCCGUGACCUUAAUCUUCGUGCCCGAGCUGGAAAAAUUCUUGCCCUUGUUGGUCCAAGUGGAUGUGGUAAGAGCUCCGUCAUUGCACUUAUACAGAGAUUCUAUGAGCCUUCAUCGGGGCGUGUUAUGAUUGAUGGAAAGGACAUUCGGAAAUACAACCUCAAAUCCCUGAGAAAACACAUUGCAAUCGUGCCACAAGAGCCAUGCCUCUUUGCUUCUACCAUCUAUGAAAACAUUGCCUAUGGUCAUGAGUCAGCAACUGAGGCUGAGAUCAUUGAGGCAGCUACACUAGCCAAUGCCGACAAGUUCAUAUCUUCAUUGCCCGACGGUUACAAAACUUUUGUGGGGGAGAGAGGGGUUCAACUCUCUGGGGGACAAAAACAGAGAAUUGCAAUUGCAAGGGCUCUUGUGAGGAAGGCAGAGCUUAUGCUGCUCGAUGAGGCAACAAGUGCCCUUGAUGCUGAGUCUGAGAGAUCAGUCCAAGAGGCUCUAGACCGUGCCUGCUCCGGGAAAACUACAAUUGUGGUUGCUCAUCGGUUAUCUACAAUUAGGAAUGCUCAUGUCAUUGCAGUGAUUGAUGAUGGGAAAGUUGCAGAGCAAGGAUCCCAUUCACAUUUACUUAAAAAUUAUCCUGAUGGGUGUUAUGCCCGGAUGAUACAAUUACAAAGGUUUACACAUAGCCAAGUUGUUGGAAUGACUUCAGGCUCAAGUUCUUCAUCAAAACCAAAAGAUGACAAUGACAGAGAAGGCCAGUGAACUUUUAAGAAAUUAGUAGAAAAGGAGUAUAUCCCAUAUACCCCUUAAGAUUUUUUGGGUGUUUACUCUGGAUUUUAAUGUUUUGAUAAUAGUAUAAUAUAUGUGCAUUAUCUAUUUUUUUUCUUUUAACCCUAUAUGUUUUCUUCAUGGAUCUUUCUAAGGAAAUGAUAAUGACAAAUAUAGUUCCUUUGAGAUUGAUUGAAACAGAUUAAUGUUGUACUUCCAUCCUCAAACCAUAUGUAUGCUGUUUGUCAACUCAUUUCAAGAUAAAAAAAGAGAGGAUAUGGCAAGAAAGUCAAGCCAAUACUUGAAAAAUAAUUAUGGGGAGGAAACACUGUAAAAGCAGGCCAAACAUUAUUUUAGCUGUCAAAUCUUGCAUGGAAUCCAGUACAUAUCCGCGACAAAUGAUUAACUUUGAUACAUGUGAUAAUUCAAUCACUUUCAUAAGUUUGAUCACAUGGUAAUGGAUAAUGUAAUGGGGUUUGUGGUUGAAGACCUUAAGAGGAAUGACACUUUUGGCAUUUUCAUCCAUUACAAUCCAACUUUAAGAUGAUGGAUUCAUGGCAAAUAGGGGAUUUAUCCUAUCCUGAUCUCAACUGGGUAUGUGAAUAUUAAUGAGAGACCCAGUGGGGAACAAAAAUAAUUGAGUCUGAAACUCACAUGGUGGUUGCUUGCUACAUGUGCAAUGAAUCCACUUUACUAAGAGAUAGAAAAUGGAGGAAAAACAUAAGAGUAAAAAAUAAGACAUAGACAAAGACCCAAAAGGGGAUGGAUAUGAAAAGAUAAUAAAAGUCAGUCAUGCUUCAGCCAGUAUAGCAGCUAGUAGCGGACAAGCGUGAGAGAAAAAAGAGAGGGAAACUUGGACGGGAAAAUGACAGAGAGAUGAUGGUGUUGGUUCAUGCCUUCAUGGCCUCUCAUCUCAUGGGAUACAAUGUGACCGUGUGGAGCCCUCAGCCUAAUCUCUUUUGUUUGUUAAAUGAAAUAUACAAGGAUUCUAGUGGCCACAGAUCCACUGAUGGGCCUUCGCCGGAAAGACUUUUGCGAAAGAAUUGAGUGCUGAGAGCUUUUUUAACUUUUGGGAAAUUGGAGGUAUAUUGGAGGAUGUCACUCUGCAAAGCACAAGUACUGAAUGCAACUCUUGUUCCUUUGUCUACAUUGGAAAUGGCAAUGACUAAAAACAAGAGAGACAGUGCUAUCUCAUACAUAUUGACAUCGAUGGUCAAAAACACUCUUACGGUAGGUUAAGAUGAUGGCAAACAGGAGAUGCCAAAAACUCAGGCCGCAACCACCGAUUCAACAGAGCACAUUUAUCAGAACUUGACAGGAGUAGGUUUCAAAAGUCCUAAAAUUUGUAAUUAGUUUGUGAAGCUUAUAUAUCCUUGGCCUCAGCAAUUGCUUGAAAACGAGAACAAUGGACCUAAAGGAAAAACAAAACCAGAAUCAUAAUCACAUCAGAACAAUGAUUGGGCUCUAAUGUCCAGCCUAUUUGGAGGCAAGCCCAUGUCUUAAAGUGCUAUUUCCUUUCCUCUACUCGAGGGCAAAGGCAGAGAAACCAUUCAGAUAAUGCUCCACUAGAAGGAAAGACGCUUGGAGUUUCGAGCUUUCCUUCUAUCCAACAUAAUUUAUUUGAAGACAAGAAAUGCCCAGACAAGCUCCAAGAUUGAGCAUCCGAAGAUAUUAACCACGUUCCAUCUAUAAGCAGCAUGAUAUUAUGGAGGCAACUUAAUAUAUCUAGAGGCAAAUCAGCAGGCUUUUCAUGCACCAAUCAAAACCUUCAAGAAUGUAGACCAUCAACAGACAAGCAUACAUGCCAUGAUUCUGAACCCUCCAAAAAAAGUUAAUAUUAAUAUAUUUCAAGGGAAAGAAAUGGAGCAUGUUGUCGCAUUUCUAACUAGGAAAUGCAUCAUAAUUCACAACCCUCUUUCCUAUAACUGUUUUACUGUCCAAUACUGCUAGAUACACAAUGAAGAAAGAUCUAAUGCAGCAUAUGAACUUCUUAACUCGCUUAAUCCUAAUAAGCUACACUUACCAGUAUCCUUCUAUCAAGCACCAAUAUUUAAGGCUCAUAAGUAUUCUUUAAGCUACAAAUAAAUGGCGUGUAAGGAGUUGUGGACCAAUAACCACAUAGAGGAGUAGGAAAUACUAGCAAUGACAAGCAUUUUCCAUUGGAUAUUUUAUAAACUGGCAUUAUUAACCAGAUCAGGAAGAAACAAAUACUCGUUCAUAGGACAGUUUGAGACCAAUAAGUCUUUUAUCAUCAUCAUCAUAUGAACCACCACACUGACCCAACCCAUGACUCAACAGUCAACACUUUUUAUAUCACUAACCAAUUCCGGUAGGAAUAAAGAUCCUAAACUGGAAUAGGAUAGAAAAGUUCAACCAAUACAUCCAAAC